GAGGAGAGUUCGGACUUCGAGCGCAGAUUCUUCGACUACGCUAGGUUCCUGCCGUCUCCUUUCCGAAGCCGAGAAAGUCCACCUCGCAAAGCAACCUCACACCGCCGCCCCUCCGCUGCAGCCGAGCCAUCUGUCCGCCCGUGAGAGACCAUGGGUUGCUUUGAAUGUUGCAUUAAGUGCCUGGGAGGAGUUCCAUAUGCUUCACUUGUGGCAACGAUACUCUGCUUCUCUGGAGUAGCAUUGUUUUGUGGCUGUGGUCAUGUGGCCCUUGCAGGAACUAUAUCCAUCCUUGAACAGAAUUUUUCCACAAACGUGACUGACCAUGCUUUGUUAUCUGAAGUAAUAAAACUAAUGCAAUAUGUGAUCUAUGGAAUUGCAUCAUUUUUUUUCUUGUAUGGAAUCAUUCUGCUAGCAGAGGGUUUUUAUACCACAAGUGCUGUGAAGGAACUGCAUGGUGAAUUCAAAACAACAAUCUGUGGCCGUUGCAUCAGUGGAAUGUUUGUUUUCCUCACUUAUGUUCUUGGGGUGGCCUGGCUGGGUGUUUUUGGCUUCUCUGCUGUACCAGUCUUUAUGUUCUACAACAUGUGGUCAACCUGUGAGGUCAUCAGAUCACUCUCAGCAAAUAUGACUUCAGCAGACCAGAUCUGUGUGGAUAUCCGGCAGUAUGGAAUCAUCCCUUGGAAUGCUAUCCCCGGUAAGGCAUGUGGAUCGACCUUAGCUAAUAUGUGCAGCACGCCUGAGUUCUAUUUGUCAUAUCACCUGUUCAUUGUAGCCUGUGCUGGUGCUGGUGCUACUGUUAUAGCACUGAUCCACUUCCUCAUGAUACUAUCUUCUAACUGGGCCUACUUAAAGGAUGCAAGCAAAAUGCAGGCUUACCAGGAUAUCAAAGCUAAAGAAGAGCAGGAGCUUCAGGAUAUCCAGUCUCGAUCCAAAGAGCAACUCAAUUCUUACACAUAAACGCUUGCCAGAGCCUUUUUUCAGAAGAAUUUUGUAGCUCUGACAAAUCAUCGAGCAGAUAUAUUGUCCAAGAGCUCCUGGGCCAUAUCCAUAGGAUAAAGUUGCAGAGAAUAACCUUCAUUCCUUUUAGCACUGAAUUUGGAACUGGGGGUCGGGGGGAGGGCAUUACAUUCCAGUCCACUGUAAAAAAAAAGUUUACCAACUAAAACAUGGAUUUCUCUUGGCAAUCAUAACAUUAUUAUUGUUGUUGUUCCUUAGCAGGGUACCAGAGUUGGUAUUAUCCAGCCCUGUAAUAUCUAGAUUUGAAAAGGCUGUAUAUAAUUGCACAGGUGUAAGUAACUCAGAUUCUAGGAUUUAACGAGAUAUUUCCUUUAUUCUGAAUACUUGUAAUUAUGUUUAUUUGAUACGGUUUCAGAACAUUAUAAGUCAACAUUUAGUUCCUAUCAAAAUUAAAACUGGACCUUGCACAUUAAAUGCCAAAAGUGGUUUUGUUUUGUUUGGUUUUGGACACUCCCUUUUCAACAAAGCUGCAAUGAGCCUCUCUUAUUCUGCUGCACUUAUCAGAGUAAGGUGGGAACUGUUUAAUUGUUUAAUAAAAUAGACCCAGACCCAUAAUUAGAAUAAUUAUUCCCUUCUCUGAAAAUAAAUGUCAGCUUUGCCUUAAUGUUUAUUUUCUAUAAAUGUCUCUGAGCAUUUAUAGCAUAUAGCAGCUGGAGAUUAUCACAUCUCAAUUUUAAUAAAGCAGAAGAUAUUACCCUCUGGUCAGUCACUCAAUUAUUUCAGGUUGAACAGAUGAAAACUUUGUAGAACUUAAAAAACCUUUAGCCACUCAGAUUACAGGUCAACGCUCACCUCAAUUUUGGUGCUCAAUCCAAUAAGCUGCAAUAGUUUUCUCUUAUGAAAAAUUGUGAUGUUCGAAAAACAGAGGGUGCGAUUUCAAACUGUCUCCCUUAAUAUCUGCCUUCUAGCAUUUUCAGAAAUUUCAGUGCUAGGUUACUAGUGAUUUUUGUGUGCUAUUUUUUACAAAAACAAACAAAUGUUUGAAGAAAAAUAAAAUGCAUCAGUAAAUUUCAAAUCAGUGAACAAUUAAGUCAUGCAUCCCUGUUUUGAAUGUGUACUGAAUGUGAAUGCUCUUUUAGAACAUAAAGAAAUGUGUCAAAAGUAAAAGAUUGAACAAAAAACAUUGGUAUGGAAAAUGAAAUCAGGUAUUACCUUGCAUUUAACUUGUCUAAAGCUGACUUUUUUUAAAGAAGCAAAAUCUAUAUAAAGCAAGUAAGAAAUAGCUUAGUGUUUGUUUUUUUACCUGUUGCAUGAAGGAAACAAAUUUCUACAGCAAUGCAGGUGUUCUUCUAGUCCAGUGUUUGCAUAAAGGUAACAGACAAUGUCUUAAAGCUAAUUCUUUUCUAAUACUUUGUAGCUUUUACUGGGAGUUUUUUGAAGUUUUGUUUAAGUAGUCUAAUUUUUUUAUGUAAAAAGUAUUCAAUUUUGCUAUGUAUAAUUUUUUGUAACCUAACCGUGAAUCAAUAUUUUAUAUCAGUGCCAAGGGCUUCCUGUAGUUAUAUCCAAGUGUUACAAAUAAAUAUUUGUAGAUAAUAGAA